CUACUUGGUAUUUUUUGUUCCUCGGUCCAAAAACCGAACCCACACCUCUCACAAUUCUGACCUCACCACGUUCGUUUUCCCACAUUUUCUAGUCUCAUCUUCUUCCCAAUUCCUACUACCAGUGUCCAGUAACUAGCCUACACUACAAUCUUGAUUUUCCACAGUUUAUUUUUUCAUCCGAAUUUUACUAAUUUUAGCCGCGAAGAUGAGUUCCUUAGGUUCUUUUGGCUCGACAUGUCUUGAUCGGGGUUCCCCUUUGAGGUUCCAGGUUGAAUGGAAGAAGAGUUCAAAGUUGAGAAGAAACUUCGUGAGAGCUUCGUCAAUGGCAUCCCCUCAAAGCUUGCAGUUUGCUGCCGCCAAAGCUCAGCAAUCCGAAAAGUUUCGGAUUGGUGUUCUUGGAGCUAGCGGAUACACCGGUUCCGAGAUUAUCAGACUCCUUUCAAAUCAUCCGCAGUUCAGAAUUACUCUAAUGACGGCGGACAGAAAAGCUGGCCAAUCAAUACAAUCAGUAUUUCCUCACCUGGUAUCACAAAAUUUGCCAGAUCUGGUUGCUGUCAAAGAUGCAGAUUUUUCUUCUGUUGAUGCAGUGUUUUGUUGUUUACCACAUGGAACAACACAGGAAAUCAUCAAAGGUCUGCCAACUAGUCUAAAAGUUGUUGAUCUUUCUGCGGACUUCAGAUUGCGUGAUGUUGCUGAAUAUCAUGAAUGGUAUGGUCACCCUCACAUAGCUCCUGAGUUGCAGAAAGAAGCAGUGUAUGGUUUGACUGAGAUCUAUAGAGCGGAAAUCAGUGAUGCACGACUGGUUGCAAAUCCUGGUUGUUAUCCAACAUCUNACCUCUGCUAAAGAUGGCUUACAUUUUCUGUAUC